AUGGUAGGCAACAAGCACAAGAAUGGCAUCAUCUGUACGUUCCCGAAUUGUAAUAAGCCCAUGCGUACACAAAAGUUUAAGAUGCAUUUUACAAGGGUACACCUAAGAGAUGGUGAGGUAUACUCGGUGGACCAUCGACGGCAGUACGAAGUGGCUAGAGAGGAGAACUCUCGUUGUUCUGUGAAGCACGAGCUUGUUUCUGAUGCUGCACUACCAGCGAUGCCGCUGAUGGUGUCGUUGUCUAACAGCAAUGAAGCAACAUCCUGCAUGGAAAAAAGUGCGCCACUAUCUGUUGCUAGGCCAUUGGGCGACAAUACCCGGGCUUCCCAAGCAAAGCAAUCAACUUUAGUGCAGAGCCAGCCAGUUCGGUUAACAUCGCAAGCAGAGGUGUCCACUACCAGGGGUGAAGAACGUGCUGGCAACGUUAACCCCAGUCGUACCCUCUACCUUCUACCGGCUUAUGGAAACGUUUCAAUAUCGAAUGAGAAUACAAGCGGCAGAAAGCGCUCAGCAUCGGUGGUGCAGACGUCCGCUGAAACUGAAGAUCAAACAAGCGCGCUACUGAUGCAGUUCAUUGCACUGAUGGACCAAAGAUUUCAGGAGCUUGUAAGUAAGAUGGGCGAAAUGAUUGAUGUACAGAAGGACCUGAUCGACACUUUGCAGGCCAGCAAUCCACUCAGUCAGGCACCUACGUCAGCAUUCCCGCAUGCCGUCGAUGCCGUCAUGAAACGACGCAAAAAGGACACGAGCCCUCACAGUGAUAAUGAUGGUAGUGAACACGCUACUGGUAGUAGUAAUACCGACACUGACGCUGAUGGAGCACCGAGCAGCGGCUUUGUGUUGUAG